GAACAAUAAGAAACAAGACACGGGCAUCAACUUGGAGGUGCUUGCCACUGAGGUUCUCCUGUUCUCACUGCUGGGGAACCGUGUGGUGACCAAGGUGUGAAUAAGCCCCAGCUGGCCUGUGGGAUGGGAAGACCACGUGGAGCAGAGAUGAGCUGUCCGAGACGAGGCCCUCCCUAGACUCCGGCCCCAGCCAACACACCAGCGGACCACAGAUGUUCAGGAGAAUGCAGACGACAUCAACCGAGCCGGCCCAGACUAGAAGAACUGCCCAGCCGACUUGCAGAAUCGCGGCCGCGUCUGCGUGUGACCCUGAACUUGGCAGGGGUAAGAGGAAGGAGCCCAGCAUGGGUGGCAGGUGCCGGGGGUCCUGGUUCGAGCGGUUCCUGCAGCCCUGUCUGGUUGAACUGCUGGGCUCGGCCCUCUUCAUCUUCAUCGGGUGCCUGUCGGUCAUUGAGAACGGGCCGGACACUGGGCUGCUGCAGCCGGCCUUGGCCCACGGGCUGGCCCUGGGCCUCAUCAUCGCCACGCUCGGGAAUAUCAGUGGUGGGCACUUCAACCCUGCGGUGUCCCUGGCGGCCAUGCUGAUCGGAGGCCUCAACCUGGUGAUGCUCCUUCCCUACUGGAUCUCACAGCUGUGCGGGGGGCUGAUCGGGGCUGCCUUGGCCAAGGCAGUGAGUCCUGAAGAGAGGUUCUGGAAUGCGUCUGGGGCGGCCUUUGUGACGGUCCAGGAGCCGGGGCAGGUCAGGGGCGCGGUGGUGGCCGAGCUUGUCCUGACGGCCCUGCUGUCACUGGCUGUCUGCAUGGGCGCCAUCAACGAGAAGACGCAGGGCCCUCUGGCUCCAUUCUCCAUUGGCUUUGCCGUCACCGUGGACAUCCUGGCAGGGGGUGCUGUGUCUGGAGCCUGCAUGAAUCCUGCACGUGCCUUUGGACCUGCUGUCAUGGCCAGUCACUGGGACUUCCACUGGAUCUACUGGCUGGGCCCGCUCCUGGGCAGCCUGCUUGUAGGAGUGCUCAUCAGGUUCAUCAUUGGAGAUGGGAAAACCCGCCUAAUAUUUAAGGGACGGUGACCCUGAGAUGGUGGCAUUGCUGCGGCCUGGGCGGACUGCAGACUGGUCACCUGUACUUCCUGCCUGGGCAGAGCCCCAGAGGAGCCGCUGACUUGCUUCCCCCCACGAGCGCCCGGCUUCCCAGCUAGACAGACUGCUGCUGAGUUCUGAGGGUGACUCCCGUUCUCUGAACUCUGCGGUGCUCGGCCGCGAUCCCAGCCGGGAAGCAGGUUACCAGUGCGAGGGAGGGAGGCUCUCCAGAGCUGAAUAGGCGGCUGUCUAUGCACAGGAGUUCACUUCCCCCGGCCCCUUUCCUUCUCCUGCCCCUGCUCCCGACUUUGCUGUUACAGAAGGGCCUUCUGGGGGUUUCCUUGCUUCCUGAGCUGCCAGGCUAGCUUCGCAAUAAAUAGUCCACUAUUUCCUUUCCA